CAACAACUCUUGCCCCGAAACUAUACACACAUCGCAUCUUUGCUACGAUCUCUCUUUCUCUACAACACCAGCUCACACGCACACACAUCUACCAUGCCCGCCCCGACGUCGACCCCACGCACGCUCUACGACAAGGUCUACGACGACCACCUCGUCUACUCGGCCGACCAGGCGUUGAUCUACAUCGACCGACACUUGGUACACGAGGUCACCUCGCCUCAAGCCUUUGAAGGGUUGAGGACCGCCAAGAGGAUCGUCAGAAGGCCGGAUUGUACGCUCGCCACUGUGGAUCACAACAUUCCCACCAUCUCCCGAAAAUCAUUCAAAUCGAUUCACUCCUUUAUCGAAGAACCCGACUCGCGAGCCCAAGUCGGAGCCCUCGAGGACAAUGUGAAAGAGUUUGGCUUGACCUAUUUCGGGAUGGGGGACAGGCGACAGGGAAUCGUACACAUCAUCGGGCCUGAACAGGGGUUCACUCUGCCCGGAACGACGGUGGUCUGUGGGGAUAGUCAUACGUCCACUCACGGAGCGUUCGGCGCGCUGGCUUUCGGCAUCGGAACUUCCGAGGUCGAACACGUCCUCGCCACCCAGACCCUCCCCCAAAAGAAAUCCAAAAACAUGCGUAUCAACGUCGAAGGCGCCCUUCCCGCAGGAUGCAAUUCCAAAGACAUCGUCCUUCACAUUAUCGGUCUGAUCGGGACUGCCGGGGGAAACGGAUGUGUCAUCGAGUUUUCUGGGAGCACGAUCAGGGAGCUGUCUAUGGAGGCGAGGAUGAGUAUCUGCAACAUGUCCAUCGAGGGAGGAGCUAGGGCGGGGAUGAUUGCACCGGACGAGAUCACUUUCGAGUACCUCGCUGGGAGGCCCCUGUGUCCUGUCGGUGAGGAGUGGGAUCAGGCGGUCGCCUACUGGAAGACCUUGAAGUCGGACGCCGGAGCGCACUAUGACGUCGAGGUCGAGAUCAAGGCCGAGGACAUCGCGCCGACCUUGACCUGGGGAACCAGCCCGCAGGACACUGUCCCCAUCACUGGUACCGUGCCCGACCCCGAAAAGGCUACCGACCCGAUCAGGAAGAACGGUAUGAAGAGGUCUUUGGAGUACAUGGGCUUGCAGCCGGGCCAGGUGAUGGAGGAGGUCAAGAUCGACAAGGCGUUCUUGGGAUCGUGUACCAACGGUCGAAUCGAGGACUUGAGGUCUGCGGCCAAGGUCAUCCUCUCCGCUGGCAAGGACGCCAAGGUCGCCGAGGGCGUCUACGCGAUGGUUGUUCCCGGUUCGGGGUUGGUCAAGCAGCAAGCCGAGGCCGAGGGGAUCGACGUCGUCUUCAAAAAGGCCGGUUUCGACUGGAGGGAAGCCGGAUGUUCCAUGUGUCUCGGAAUGAACCCCGACCAGUUGAAGCCCCAGGAGAGGUGCGCGUCGACGUCGAACAGGAACUUUGAGGGUCGACAGGGACAGGGUGGGAGGACGCACUUGAUGAGCCCUGCCAUGGUCGCUGCGGCGGCGAUGACGGGAAGGUUGACCGACGUCAGGAAAUUCGUCGGCGAGAACGUCAGCGACCACCCGGAGAUCAAGGUCACUAGCGUCUUUGACUACAUGGACGCUGCGAUCCCCUCCCCUGCCCCCAUCCCCAGGGAGACCAAGAUCGUCGACCCGAACGCCAAAGCUCUUCCGGAAGCCGUCGACCCCGCCACGGCCGGUCUUCCCAAAUUCAACGUCCUUACCGGGAUCGCCGCACCCAUGUCGACCGCCAACAUCGACACGGACAUGAUCAUCCCUAAGCAGUUCCUGAAGACGCUCGAGAGGACCGGGUUGGGCAAGGCCGCCUUCUUCGAACACCGAUACGAUCAGAAGACCAAGGAGGAGAACCCCGAUUUCGUCCUCAACAAGGAGCCGUUCAGGCGGGCCAACAUCUUGAUCUGUACCGGAGCCAACUUUGGAUGCGGAAGUUCGCGAGAGCAUGCGCCUUGGGCGAUCAACGAUUUCGGAAUCAGGUGUAUCGCUGCGCCUUCGUUUGCCGACAUCUUCUACAACAACUGUUUCAAGAACGGCAUGCUGCCCAUCGUCUUGCCUCCCGCCGAGCUCGAGCAGCUUCACGCCGACGCUUCGGCCGGACAGGAGCUCACCGUCGACCUCGAACGCAAGGUCAUUGUCAGGCCCGAUGGCAAGGGAGAGAUCUCGUUCCAGGUCGACGACUUCAGGCGUCAUUGCCUUAUCAACGGGUUGGACGAUAUCGGUCUCACCCUGCAACACCGCGAAGAGAUCGAACAGUUCGAGACCCGACGGACGGCCACCUGGCCCUGGUUGGACGGACUCGGUUACGCUAAGAAGGGAGGCAAGGUGCCCGUCAAGCCGGCCAGUCCUCAGAAGAAGAAGAUGGACUGGUAGAGGGCGCGCUUGUCUGGCUGCCUCGCGGUGGUGAUACGAUAAUGAAGAAGAACAAAAACGACGAUUCAGCAAGGACGUCGACUAUAUUACCUUAUCUCGAUUUUGGUCGUGGCUUUCUUGACAGUAAAAUGUAUAUACUCGACAUAUAUUAUACCUUGUAUUGGAUUUUCAGAAAUGGAUUGUUCUUGUGU